CUGAUUGGUCAGUUUACACCCAUGCCAAGGAAGUGCAAACAGAGUUCUUCCGGUCACUGUGUUUGGUUUGAAUCGAAGAAGAAUGCCAGUAAGGAGGAUAUUAGAGGCACUUUAGUCAACAAGAUGAAGAUCAAACAACGUUCAAAAACUAAACUACUGCACAAAAAAACCAUGGGGACUAAACGCCAUGGAAACCUGGGUAUAACACAAACAGAACAUGACCCACAGUCAGGUGAUGACUCCACCGGCAGAGAUGAAUCAGAUUGUACUCAAGCACUCUCAAAGAGCACCAGCUCAAAUCAUCAUUCAGAUUCUAGUCCACUCCACAAGGAUCCUGUGGUAGUGCUAACCAGGUUGGCUGAGGUGGUGGUUAAGACACUUCUGAGAGAUAUUAAAGUGUGUUUGGUGAAGGAGGAGACGGAUGUCAGGAGGGAUGAAGACAACCAUGGAGGUUCUCCUCAGUUCUUUCCUUGUCCACACUGCACCAUCUCCUUUACUGACUGUUACUUCCUGGAGAACCACAUCAAGACCAAACACCAGAAGCAGUACCUGGCCAUGUUGAAAAGCCAAGUCUCAAAGAGUAAAAGAGUGUACGGCCCCACACACAGCUGUCCCCACUGUAGCUGCAUGUUCCAUACACCACGACAGCUAGACAUCCACACCCGCCAGGCCCACCCCUCUGCCCGUCCCCAGAAACCUGCCCCUCCCCGGAGAACUGGCCGUCCCCACAGGGUUCAGGAGAAAUUCCACACCUGCCCACAGUGUUCCCGCAGAUUCAAGUACCUGGGCAGCCUGCUGAAGCACUGCAAGAGUUUGCACAAAAUGGCCGUUGUUCUCACCAAUGGACACAUCAGUUGCGCAGACUGUGAGAAGAGCUUCGAGAAUUGCUGGGGCCUGGGGCCUCACCGGUGUCAUGAACCAGAGGGCAAUAAACCUAAGUACGCUAAACAGAUGGUCAUUAAGGAAGUCGGCUUCCAAUGCUUAGAUUGUGGCAAGAUCCUCACUACUCCUACAAGCCUGAACACUCACAUGCGCAUCCACACUGGAGAAAAGCCUUAUGUCUGCAAGGAGUGCGGCAAGCGCUUCUCAGGUACAGGCGCUUACCGUUAUCACUUGUUAAUACACAAUGGGGUCAAGCCAUUCAAAUGUCAGGACUGCGGGAAGGAUUUUAAACAGAAGUACCUCCUCAGGAAGCACAUGACUGUUCACUCUGGUGAGAGGAAGUACUCCUGCUCCCAAUGCGACAGGCAGUUUGCAUACAGGGAGAGUCUGAAGCUUCACCUGCGCACACACUCCGGGGCGAGACCUUUCAAAUGUACUGUGUGUGGUAAAGACUUUGCUGACAAAGGUUAUUUGAAGAUGCAUCUGAAGAUCCACAACAACCAGAAAAACUACCAUUGUGGGGUUUGUGGGCAGAAGUUCAUAAGGAUUGGGGUGCUGAACGUACACCUGCGCUCACACACCGGUGAGAGGCCUUACCACUGCACAGUGUGUGACAAGCAAUUUGCCCGACUCGACCACCUGAAGAACCACCAGCGCACUCACACAGGUGAGAAACCAUACACCUGUACCGAGUGCGGUAAAAGCUUCACUCAGUCUGGAGAUCUGACCAAACACAAGCGCCUCCACACUGGGGAGAGGCCAUUUGAAUGUUCUGAAUGCCACAAACGCUUUAUCUGCUCUGCUUCUCUGACCCUGCACAUGAGGACCCACACUCACCGUGACGUAAAGCCAUACUCCUGCCAAGAGUGUGGGAAGAGCUUUUAUGAACAGAGUCAUGUGAACGGCCACAUGAAAAUCCACAAGGGGAAACGUUAUUCCUGCCCCCACUGCUUUAUCAGCUUUGCUCGCAAGUCCAACCUCUCCAAACACCUGCUUAGACGUCAUAAACCUAAAUGAUAAUGAUGUAUAUUAACAUAACACCUUUUAUGAAACUCCGUUACUCUUAUGAAUUAAAUGGAGGGGAGUCUGAUCUCUUUAGUCAGUGAUCGAUGUGUGACAACAAAUUCUAACUAAAUUUUGCCCCCCUGUUUAUGAUAACUUCACAAUGUUUUAUCAAUCCUCCAUUUGGGUCACAGUGAGCUCCGUGUAUUGGGACAGUGACACGUUUUGUUUCUCCUGCAGCACUUUGGAUUUGAAAUGAUACAAUGACUGAGGUGAAAGGGCAGACUCAGCUUUAAUUUGAGGGUAUUUUCAUCCAUAUCAGGUGAACCGCUUAGAAAGAACAGGACUUUUUGUACAUAUCCCCCCAUUUUUAAGGGAAACGUUAAAUUAUUUGGUCCCAUAUUCCUAGCACGCAAUGCUUACAUUAGGCUUGUGACUGGAUGCGUUUGCUGUUUAUUUUGGUUUGUCAGAGUAUUUUGUGCUCAAUAGAAAUUCAUGGUAAAUAAUGUAUUGUCACUUUUAUUAUAAAUUAGAAUAGUGUAUGUGUUCUAUAUUAGUGGCUACCAUGAUUACGGAUACAACUGAAUGAAUUGUGAUUAAUGAGUGAGAACGUUAGAGGCAUAAAUAUCAUACCCCCUCAAAAUGUUAACCUCCCGUUAUUGUAAUGGUAAGAUGUUAGCAUGUCUUGGGGGUAUGAUAUUUGUGCGUCUGUACUCUAGCUUUCUCACUCAUUAUUCAGGACUAUCCGUAAUCAUUGUAGCAUCCAACAAGUUUGUAGAGUAACAAUCUUGUUGUAAUCAAUAUGUGCUAGGACAACAGGACCAAAUACUACACUUUUGACUACUUUUACUACACAAAAGGAAUUUGUACCAAUUCUUUUAGCCCCCCCUAUUUUAGGGGACUAUGUUCAAAAAGUGGUGUAAUUUCUAAACAGUUCAUAUGGAUAAAAAUACUAAUUAAAGCUGACAGUCUACACUUUAACCUAAUAAUCAUUGUAUCAUUUCAAAAACAAAGUGCUGUAGGUACAGAGCCAAAAGACCAAAACAAAAAUUCACUGUCCCAAUACUUUUGGAGCUCAGUGUACAUUAGGUUGUUACUUUUAUUGCUCUCUUGUUUUAUGGAUGUUUGUUUAACCAGUUCAAUGUAAUCUACAUAAUCCCCAAAAGUAAUUAUCACGAGGGCCAUAAAUGAUAACUAGUAAUGUUGCAUACUCAAAGAAAGGUAAAAAAAAAUAUCACUUCUGGUAUAAAAAAAAAGUUAUAGAUUGCUGAGGUGGACACUAGCUCAAGUACACACAGUACAAAUAUGAUACAAUUCUGAAAUGUUAUGUAUUUCCUAUUUGACAAAAUUGUAUGAAUAGGGCUUUGAAAUGACUAUUCUUUCUAAAUAUUGCUUAAAUUAUAAAAUGACACUAAGAUUUCAUCUUCCUUAUAACUGUAAAUUACAUAUUUGUUUAGUGUUAGAGAAUUCAUAUUUUCUGGAGGUUUCGCUUGUUCAUAAUGUCUGACCCCCAUCGCUGUGAACAUCUCAUAGAGCUCUAGCUUGACUAUAUUCACUUUUUAGGAACACUCCUUUCAUCUCAUGUUAAUUCAGAUUUUAAACAAAAAAGAUGUUUAGAUUAUUGGCUAUAAAUCAAUCUCUGAAUGUGCUACUGUAAUGAAACCACUGUCCUGCUGCGCUAUGAUGUAAGGAUGGCAGGCAUGUGCUUUGUCAGUAGCUGUGAUAUAGGGUUCAGCCAGGAGUUGGACAGUCGGAAGAGCGAUUGAAAUGGUAGAAGGGACAUCCCAGCUGCAAGUGGUGUAAGAUUUCACAUCCUAUGUCACGCAGGGUCGGAGCUGGUACCAGAACCACACAGGUCCCCAAACAAGGGACCUUAUGUCUAAGAGGUUAUAAACACCAAUUUAAAAAAAUAUAUAUAUUUGCUCUGUAUAAAAAUAAAUAAGGUAUGUACAGAAGAUGGUUUCAUGAAUGAUUGACCUGUGGAUCAGUAAGUGAUAAUAAAU